AUGCAGGAUUUCCUGAAGCUGAUGCAGUUCUUCCGAGAGUUUCAGGACGGACAGCGCUUGCACAAGGAGCAGCAAGCAGUCCAGGCAAGUGGCUGGGAACAUACCGAGGUCGCUCAGCCGGAAGCUCGGUACAGCCUUCCACGCAAAGUCAUUGCAUCUUCCAGUCUUAUCCGCACCUAUCUCCACAUGGAGUGGGAAGAUCAACAAUGUAACCUUACAAAGAAGUACGUGUUUCAGGCACGUUUCAGGUUGCGUGACCUCUUCAUCGCGGCGUCCAACGCUUCGCACGAAAGCUCGCUUCCCGCCGAGCUUUCCUUCGAACAGAUGUUCCUUGCUUUCGUGCAGUUUCGGACCAUGAUCCACGACCUCUACCCACUUGGGGAUGCGCUGACGGCAGAGUUGAAAUACAUCUUUGCGAAGUUCACUCGACGGAUCGUCGGCGAAGUGAGGAGCAAGCAGAGCUUCGAGGAUGCGGACUUCCCGGAGUUCCUGCUGAUGAUGAGGUACUUGUGGGACACCGACUGGCCCAGCAGUCCAGGAACAUCAAGGAUUGGCAUCAAGGCGAAGUUUCAAGACAAGGCCGAUACGGACAAGCCAGUCAAGGCACCGCCGGUCAAGGCGGCGUCUACCGUUGGAGGCCACACCCUCUUCGGAGGUCCCAUGCUCCGGCGAGUGCUGGGGUGGUCGUCGCUCUUCCUUCUCCUCUCCGGAUGUGACUGCACGCGACCCCAUAAGGCGCUGCACAAGAAGGGCGUGGAUGAAGACUUCAAGUCCUUAAAGGCUGGUCUGGACGAGUACGCGGGCUUGUUGGAGUCGGCGAAGACUGCAGAGAAGAGCGCAGAGGAUGCGGCCACCGAGUUUGCAGUUGAGAAUCCCAAGGACUUCGCGCAGUUCAAGGAGUCUGUGCAAAAUGCGGCAGAACAGUCCGCCAACUUGCUAGAGACGGCGAACACGCAAGUGCUGAAGGAGGAUCAAGAGAUUCCCGAGAAAGCGCUGGAAGACGCGGAGGCACAAGCAAAAGCUGAAGACGACGCCUGA